AUGUUCACUCAACGCCCUUCAUUCCGCUAUCUGGCCACCGGCGCCGUGGUAUCUCUGUUCAUCCUUGCAUUCCUCGUCCUCGGCACCGGUACACCCUCGCUCUCAUCACAAUUUAAUAUAAAGACACAAUCACGACAGCAAUAUUGUGCCCCGCCCGUAAAAUCUUCCGCAGGUUGGGAGUUUGUUGUUGAGCGCGAUGGAAACAACCACGGUCUCUCCGAGGACCAAUGCCGCAUUGCAUUCCCAAAGCUAUUUGCUGAGAUUGACAAGUCCUCUACACUGAGAGAAGAUAAACUUGUUUCUUACAAGGAUCUCGAUUCCAGGAUAGUGGAUGAUGCCAUGGUGCGGGGAAUUAUUGAUCGAGGAGAGCUGUAUAUUGUCGAAUAUGGCCCCAUGCCUAUGACAGCAUCCAGAGCACGCGCAACCCUAAGCUCCCUCCACCGUGCCCUGACAGCAUUCCCAGACCGCCACCUCCUACCCAGUAUCGAGUUUAUAUUCACCACGGAAGACUUCGCAGAAGACACAACAGCCCCAAGCCCCAUCUGGGCCUACUCAAAACGCGACUCAGAUACCUCGGUUUGGCUAAUGCCUGACUUCGGAUACUGGGCCUGGCCAGAGGUACAAAUCGGUCCAUACCACGAAGUGCGGCGCCGCAUUGCCGCAAUCGACGACGGCGAGACUGCCGCAGACGGCACAUUUAUGCCUGGCCUGCAAUUCCAGGAGAAGAAGAAACAACUCGUGUGGCGCGGCAGUCUGGCGACGAACCCGCCCGUCCGAAGCAAGCUCCUCAAAUCUGCGUUAGGUCGUAGCUGGGCCAGCGUGCGCCUCAUUGACUGGGAUGACCAGAAUGAUAUCCGAUUUAAUCUUCUGCCUAUUGAAGAUCACUGUCGGUACAUGUUCCUCGCGCACACUGAGGGUCGGAGUUUCUCUGGUCGUGGGAAAUAUCUUCUGAACUGUCGAUCCGUUGUUAUCUCGCAUGCGCUUGAAUGGCGUGAGGCUCAUCAUGCGGCACUGAUUUCAACUGGCCCCGAUGCAAACUAUAUUGAGGUCGAUCGGGAUUGGUCAGAUCUAUCGCGCAAGAUCGAUUAUCUGAUUGAUAACCCGGAGAUUGCGGAGCGGAUCGCUAAUAAUGCCGUGCGCACUUUCCGUGAUCGGUACCUUACCCCUGCUGCUGAGUCGUGUUAUUGGCGUCAGUUGAUUCGCCAAUACUCUGCGGCUUGUGAUUUCGAGCCGGUCUUGUUUUCGACGGGCCGGGAUGGGAAAACACAGCCGAGGGGUGUUUCUUAUGAUACUUGGCUGCUUAUGCAUUGA